CUUUUUAUUUAUUAUUGUAUUAUUUAUUUAUUAACGACUUGUGCUUUACAAUAAAAACAAAACAAUUUUUGUGUUCACGGACAGACGCUUUACAAACGUCUUGCGUGUAUCCAUUACAGUCGUAAUUACCAUAGACGUAAUUUUUCGUUUUUUGUAAAAUUAUUUGAUGUUUGAAUUUCGGUACAAGUGCAUUACCGCGUUAUAGGUUUUCGGUCAAAUACGUAUGCUUAUUUUGUGUAAAUAGAAGAGGAUAAAAAAUACCAACAACUAACGAUGUAGCUAAACAGUUUUAGUCGUUGUGUGUCGUUUACCUAAAGUGUAUGUGACGCGGAACGAAUACCUAUACCACCUCAAGUAUACUUACUAGUUACUAUUCACUUAACAUUUUUUGUCACAUGAAAUUGUUAUAUUUUGAAAUGAAGCUCGACACUUUAUCGUUGAAAUAUAUCCAAAUAUUUUUUGUUGUCGUUAUUUAUUGGGUGAUAUCUAUUCUUACAGUAUUUGUAAAUAAGACUUUAUUAAGUAUAGACCAACUAGAUGUGGAUGCUCCUAUAUUUAUUGCGUGGUUCCAGUGUUUGGUUUCAGCAAUAAUUUGUUUCACUUUAAGUUGUUUGUCCAAGAUGUUUCCUAAAGUAGUACAGUUUCCUGAAGGAAAUCCAUUUAAUACGCUCACUGUUAAAAGUGUAUUACCAUUAUCAAUAUUAUAUAUUUCAAUGAUAUCUACUAAUAACUAUUGCCUAAAAUUUGUUGAUGUUACAUUUUAUUAUGUGGGACGAUCACUCACAACAGUAUUCAAUGUCAUACUUUCCUACUUAAUAUUAGGUCAAACUACUUCAAUUAAAUGUCUCCUUUGUUGUUUUGCUGUAGUGUGUGGAUUUUUUUUGGGAGUAGAUCAAGAAAAUCUUUCAGGUUCAUUUUCAUUGGUUGGAACAUUAUUUGGAGUUUUAAGUUCAUUUUCUUUGGCAUGUUACUCUAUUCAAAUCAAAAAAGUUCUUCCUGUUGUUAAUAACCAAAUAUGGCUACUUUCUUAUUUCAAUAAUGUAUAUGCUACUAUAUUGUUCAUUCCACUUUUAGCACUUGAAGCUAAAGAAUUGAGUAAUUACAGUAAACUAACUGAAUACAAAUUUUUAUUUUUAAUGAUAAUUGGUGGUGUUUGUGGACUUUCAAUUGGUUAUGUAACGGUACUCCAAGUUCAAGUAACAUCGCCAUUAACUCAUAAUAUAUCAGGCACAGCAAAAUCAUGUUUCCAAACAGUAUUAGCUUCAUUCUGGUAUAGUCAAUGGAAGUCUUCUAUAUGGUGGUUUUCAAAUUUUAUUGUGUUGGGAGGAAGUGCCGCGUAUACUAUUGUUAAGAAUAGAGAAAUGGAAAAAAAAUACCGGCCAAUAGUAUACAACCGUUGUUAGUUUUAUUUAUUUAAUUUAUUUUCUUACUAUUUUAUAUAAGUUAAGCUUUGACCCAUUUUUUUUUUUUUUCAUAAAUUAUUUUAUUUUAUUUAUUUUUACUCUUAAUACCUUUUACAAGGUAAGAAAUCAGCUGCCCGCAGGCUCUAAAACAAUUUUUUAUAGCUUGCAUAAUGUUUUUUUUUAUUUUUAUAAAAAUAAACUUUAUCUAUAAGGAGAUUA